AUGGAGGAAGGUGACUUUGCUGAAGAUAUAUAUGUCCAAUAUAUGAAGAAACAUUUUCCAGAACUCCUCGCAGCUCAACAGAAGGCCCAUCAAAGAAAUAUGGGAGUUAAAGUGAAGCGCAAGAACCAUCUCUUUCUGCCCUCAACAGGAAAUUAUUAUGAAGAUGAAAUUGAAGAAUACCUGCAGGAAUCAGAUGAAGAAUGUGAUGAAAGAGAUAGCCCACUAACUGCCAAAAACUCUGAAUGGUGUCAACAAAAGCCUGUUUUACCUCGUACAACUCAGAUUGUGAUUGAGGAUAGUUUUGGAGGGCUUGUCCAUCGUUUGUGUGAGCCUUGGGACCUGUAUGGCCUUUCCACCAAACACCAAUUACCCUGUUGGCCACAGGAGUGUGAAGUCAUCAAAGAACGUAUCAAGCACAUUGUGGGUGUUUCAAUAGGCCCAGAACCUUUUUAUAGAGCAACAGGAUUGGAGCAAGCACCAAUCUAUAUAAACCCAGAAGAGGGUGAACUGGUGUAUAGUACCACUAAAGCCUAUAUGGAACCCUGUUUCACCUUUUCCCGAGUGAGUGGCAGUUCCAAGCCCCUGAAACAGGCAGCCGUUAAUGUCAGCGAUCAAAACAACACACUGAUAUUCGAGUCUCGAUUUGAGAGUGGGAAUCUCGAGAAAGUAUUCAAAGUAGGGGAAUACGAAUAUAACUUAAUGUUACGCACGGACCUCUACACAGCAAAACACACCCAGUGGUAUUACUUCCAGGUGCAGAACAUGCGGCCAGCAAUCCAAUACCGCUUCACCAUCAUUAACCUGAUGAAGCCCACCAGCCUGUACAACAUGGGAAUGAAGCCGCUGUUGUAUUCCACGAAGGAUGCAGAGCUGCACAAGGUCGGGUGGCGCAGGGUAGGGAGCCAGAUCAAGUACUACCGAAACAACUAUGGCAACAGCAAGCACCACUAUUACUCACUCACCUGGACCUUUGAGUUCCCUCAUGCCGGGGACAUCUGCUACUUUGCCCACUGCUAUCCCUACACCUACUCUGACCUCCAGGACUAUGUGACAGGUGUGGUCAAUGAUCCGGCCAAGUCCAAAUUCUGCAAGGUCCGGGUGUUGUGCCGUUCCUUGGCCGGGAACAUGGUUUACGUCCUGACUGUGACCAAUCCCUCCGAGAGUUCCAAGGCCGCACUCGAAAAGAAAGCGGUGAUCCUGACCGCCCGUGUCCACCCAGGUGAGACUAACAGCUCCUGGAUGAUGAAGGGUUUCCUUGACUACCUUCUUGGCAAUUCGAUGGAUGCCAAACUGCUGCGGGACACCUUCCUCUUCAAAAUCGUGCCAAUGCUGAACCCUGAUGGGGUCAUUGUGGGGAAUUACCGGUGCUCACUCUCUGGCCAGGAUUUAAAUCGUAAAUACCGGUCCUAUUUGAAGGAGUCCUACCCCUCUGUGUGGUACACUCGGAAACUGAUCAAACGGUUAAUGGAGGAGCGGACAGUUUUUCUAUAUUGUGAUCUACACGGACACAGUCGGAAGCAGAACAUUUUUAUGUAUGGUUGUCAGAGCCGGAGGCGGACUGUGUCAUCAUAUGCCAAGCAGCGAGUGUUCCCCUUCAUGCUUAGUAAGAACUGCUGUAACAAGUUUUGUUUUAAAAGUUGCAAAUUCCACGUGAAGCGGGCUAAAGAAGGAACAGGACGUGUGGUAGCGUGGAGGAUGGGAGUCACCAACAGUUACACCCUGGAAACGACUUUCUGUGGUUCCACAUUGGGGAACAGUAGGGACAUUCAUUUCAAUGUGAAUGAUCUGGAAUCAGUGGGUUUUGAGUUUUGUGACACCCUAUUGGACUAUUGUGAUCCUGAUCAGUCCAAGUACAUCCAAUGUAAAAGGCAGUUGCAGAACCAAAUAAAAGAACAUAUUGUUGCCAAAAUGGAAAUGUCUGGUACAAGGUACGAUUCUGAUGCAUCGCUGGGUGAUAUCCUCUCUUAUAUUGAAUCCAGCACCAUUGGUUCAAACAGUUCCGAGUCCGAUGACCAGUCUUUGCAUUUUGGAAGAAAGGUACAUGAGGAACACAGGACCACAGAAACACUGAAAGUGAAAGGACAGGAGGAGAGAGAAAUUAAUAAGGCUUACGCAUGUGACAAAAAGGAAAAAACAACUAAAAACCAAAAAACAGAGACAAAAUUCCUACUUGAUCCGGAAGGUGUUAAAUACUGA